AAUAUGGUGUGAAGUUAGCUGCGAAAGCGGCCGUCCGGUACGGAUUUUGCUAUUUUAUCUGUGGGACUGGUAUAUUCUGUUGAAUUCGCUAUCGUCCGCAAAACAAAAACAAAAUAAUUGACAAUCGUUUGUUUUCUUUUGGUUUUACAGCACAUGUUUUAACUGUAAUGUUAAUUAUUUUUUGGAUUAAGUGAAGUAUUAAAUAGCUGUAAUCAUUAUAACAAAGUUUUUCACUUUAGAUAUGUGAUUUCUAUUAUACAAUAGACGAUAUUGAUUUGUUAUUGUUAGUGACGAGAACUAAUAAACGAAUAGGAAAGGAUACUGCAAAUUGUACCGAGAUCAAUAAAUAAUGGAGCCGAUAAUCAAAGAAGAUUUAGAGAACAUUAUAAUUGCUUUGCUACAGAAAUGUCAACUAGAAAACGAAACUCCAAUGCAUAUUCCUCUGGAAGAUGUUGAAAGUAGAGUAUUACAUUACUCUGAAAUCUCUCGAAAUAAGUUGGAGAUAACAAUUGGCAAAUACUCGUCCACAAAAUGUACUAUAAAUCAUUGUAUCGAUUUUGGUAAACAUGUAACAAUUUUAAACAGUCUUCUAUAUUUCUAUGAAAAGAAAUUACUGCCUACAUUCAAGCUUUUAUACGAAUACAUACAGAUAUUGGAACCUGCUACACGCGGUAUGAACUAUUAUUGCUUUGUACAUGAUAUGAAUAUGAUAGGCAUUGAUCAUCAAAGUAUUUCUAAUGGCAAAAUGCUUCUUAUGGAAGACCCAAAAAUUACUUUUGAAAGAAGUUUAUUUCUAAAAAGAAUGAAAAAUAUUCGACAAAGUGAUCAUGUCAUCUAUUACGUCAGUGAAAGAAUAAUAGAUGAUAAUUGUCAUUUUGAGAAGACCUGGGUUCGAAAUUGUAAAAGUUCUACAUUAGUUACAAAUGGACACGUAUUCUUCCACGCUAUAUCAAAACAGGGUUUUACAAAUGGCAUAUUUUGCUAUUCUCCAACUGAAUAUGAUUUUUACAAGUGGAUAAUAGAUGUUUUGGUUCCGUCGUUGAAACCUGUAAGUGUGAUUGUAUUCGACAAUAGUCCGUUACACGGAACCCCAAAACCUAAUAAAGUAUCCAUGUUUGAUACGAAAGAUGAGAUGAGAAAAUGGCUAUGUGAAAAUAAUAUACCACACACUAACUCUAUGAAAAAAUCUGAAUUGUAUCAUCUUAUUGAGAACUGUGUAAGUAGUAUGAAUACGUCAGCUCAGGUUGAUCGUGUUAUCAAAGCAAAUGGUCAUCAAGUGGUACGAUUGCCUACACAUUUUGAAGACUUAUCGCCUAUUGACCAAAUCUGGCAAGAUAUUAAGAGUUUUCAAUCGCUAUCUCAGAAUGAUCUACAUAAUAGUAUAAUAAAAUACUUUUUAGAAAUACCUACCGUCGCAUAUGGUCUUCUUUGUGAUAAAGUUGAAAAACAUGAAAACACUUUGUUUGAGUUGGAUGAGAAAAUAGAUGAGGCUUUGGAUCAAUUUCUAAAGGUUUUAAAAAAACAGUGAUAUUUUACUAGAAUUAUGUACAUCAGUAUACUUAUUUGAAAUUAAUAUACCUAUGUAAAAUAAUCCUUUACGUCCUAUUUUUAUGCAAAUCGUAAGUUUGACGUCGAUUAAUUGAUUUUGUUUUAGGGAACAGAGAGUAUAGUUCCCUAAGAUCGGAAA